GAAAGACUACUACACGCCAGAGAGAGAGAGAGAGAGAGGUGCUAAAAUGACAGGGGUGAUGAUGGUUACAAAGGGGUGUAGAGGAGAAGGUGGUGGGAAGAGAAGGAAGGGAGAUGAUGAGCAAAACCAGCUCUCUCUUGUCGAAUUGCUUUUGGCAGCUAUCAGGAGAUCAAUGGUCUCUUGCCGCGUGGAUCGCCGUGACGAGGUCGCCUCCGCCGUUAAUCAGAUGGACAUCGGAUGGCCCACAAACGUUCGCCAUGUGGCCCACGUCACGUUCGAUCGGUUCAAUGGCUUCCUCGGCCUCCCAGUCGAGUUCGAGCUGGAGGUCCCGCGCCGAGUCCCAAGUGCCAGUUUCUUUUUCCUGUGCAGCGCAAGCGUGUUUGGUGUCUCAGCAGAAUCGAUGCAAUGUUCUUAUGAUUCGAAAGGGAACAGUGUCCCAACGAUUCUCUUGCUUAUGCAAGAAAGGCUUUACUCACAGGGUGGUCUAAAGGCGGAAGGAAUAUUUCGGAUUAAUCCCGAGAACAGCAAAGAAGAAAAUGUGAGGGACCAGCUGAACAGGGGCAUUGUACCUGAUGACAUUGAUGUUCAUUGCCUAGCAGGUCUAAUUAAGGCCUGGUUCAGAGAGCUUCCUGCAGGAGUACUUGAUGGCCUUUCCCCCGAACAAGUUCUGCAAUGCAACACAGAGGAAGAGAGUGUGGAACUUGUGAAACUGCUCCUCCCAACUCAAGCUGCGCUCCUCAACUGGGCCGUUGAUCUUAUGGCAGAUGUCGUCGAAGAGGAAGAAGCUAACAAGAUGAAUGCAAGAAACAUUGCCAUGGUCUUUGCUCCCAACAUGACUCAGAUGGCCGAUCCAUUGACAGCUUUGAUGCACGCCGUUCAAGUAAUGAAUCUGCUCAAGACUUUAAUCUUGAAGACCCUACGGGAACGGGAAGAAACUGGGACAGGAGGGUCUUCACCCUUCUCUUCUACUUCAUCAGAUAUGCGAGCUGAUGAAGACUUUAAUAGCCAGCAUGAGGCAGAAGACAUGAGCUGCGAACUGAGGGGACCCACUUCAGAUGACGAUCAUGUCAGCUACAGUCACAGCAGUGAAGACGACCGUGAUUCUUUGAAUGAUAUCGAAGAGUGCUUCCUGAGGCAAUUGGAUGGAAGGAAGGAGGAUGGACUUGCAAAUGAUGCUGAUGAUGGAGGGAAGGAGGACAGACUUGCAAAUGAUGCUGAUGAUGGAGGGAAGGAGGACAGACUUGCAAAUGAUGCUGAGAGACUUGCAAAUGAUGCUGAGAGACUUGCAAAUGAUGCUGAUGAUGGAGGGAAGGAGGACAGACUUGCAAAUGAUGCUGAUGAUGCAUUGGGUGAGAAUCUCAAGGGAAAAAAUAUCAGCCCAAGCAGCUGUUCAGGGGACAAAGCAAGGCAAGUGAGCUGUUCUGACUUCAAUGCCGAAUCUGGUCUUUCCAUAUCUGACAGCAAAAAUGGGAGCUUGAGCACAAGCGAUGGAGAAGACUCAGGAACGAGCAUUGAAAUGGGAGACGUGGCAGGCACAUAUAUUAUGAACUGCAGCUGCUCUGAAGGAUGUGAAAAUGUGGAGAUGGUUGAAGCGAAAGUGGAAUCCCAUGGUGUUUUGCCUUGCUUGCUAGUGGGUUUGGCUGAUUGAGAAGUUUUUCUCUUAUUGAUGACUAGGCAUACUUGCAGGGUUUUGGGUUUUCUUCUACUGCUGUUGGUGUCUGUAAAGUGCUCUGACUCAUCAGGGUUAGUUGAAACAAGGGUGGAGGGUGGUUGUUUGUUGUGGAUUGUGAAUGGUCUGGUUCAGCUUCAAACUGAACUUUGUGUGGGUUUUGUAUCGGUGAUGAUUGAUUUGUGAUUUCAAUCUUGAUUAUUAUAAUCAAUUUGCAGUUAUCUU